CUUGUUUCUGAAGUAAAUUCUUUUAAUUCUAAGAUGAUUAUACUUUUUAUUCAUGAUAGUGGGAACCCCUUAAGUUCAAGAAAUCUCUGGCAGCGAUGCUCAACCAAUACUGUAACGACUGCGACAAAAAUAGCAUUAGAUCAAAAAGAGAAAGCGACACAUUUACGAAUUUCMAUUUUUCUCCUGAUGACAUCAUCAUAGUUGAAGAUCCAUCUACUCGUUCUCCGCCUGGCUUCUUGUAUAUCGAGUUUGCUGUGGUUAAGAAAAUUAAUGGCAAAGCCCACGUUGUUGAGCCCGUGCGACUUCAAAAAGUUAUAGAUAAAGMACGUAAGACAGGGAUUGCUGGGUUUGACGUCAUAGCAGAUGAAACUGUACAUCAUAAUAAUGAGGCACCUUACAAUCUUACCAUCCUAUUGCAACCUGAAAUGCAAGCAAGGAAAAAAGUAUCUGGUACAUCGUCUGGUACUUUCAAGAUUGCUUUUGUUGUUGUUUUGGUACUCAUGGUGGCCUCUUUAACAGUAAUUGCAGUGAUGGUGUUUAUUCUAAGAAGUAGAAAGAAGAUUCCUCCCAGUAACGAUUACCAACUGAAAAUGCUCAACAAGACUACAAAGCGAGACUGCGAGACACUUAUCAACGAAGAGGACAGUUAAACAAUCCUAACCUUUUCAAAUAACAAAAUAACUGUUAUAAUAUGAUUGUUUUAUUUUUCUGUGGACGUUUAUUCAUCUUUUUGACACAAAAUGCAYUAUUGGUGUUUUUGAUUUAAUAUUACAUUUGACAACAAAAAUAGCUUUUUCUUAAUUGUAGUGUAAUUAGAAUAUGUUAAAAGGAGAGAUUAAAGAAACGCAAAAAUUAA